UUGGUUAGUAGUGCAAUAUCUUGGUUAUCGUGAAUGAAAACAAUCAUGGCCUCUGAUGCGAUUCCACCGUACUCUAUUGUAGAACCAAUUGGUAGUGGAGCAUAUGCAAAAGUAUUCAAAGCAGUCCACAGAAAGCGUCCCAAUGAAAUAGUUGCGCUGAAACGAAUUGAUGUCAGCGAGAAAAAUCUCUCAACAGGACUGCCCCAGUACAUAUUAAGAGAAAUUUCAAUGCUUAAGAAACUUAACAAACCAGCGCAUCCAAAUGUUGUCAAGCUUUUUGACGUUGUUAUGACGCCCGAUGACAUUGAAUGCCCGAAAAGUCUUUCGGUCGUUCUGGUAUUCGAAUACCUUCCUCGUAGUUUGUUACACUAUAUAGAAUACGAGCCAAUUAUAUCUUCAGAGAUGUGCAAGCAUGUUUUACACCAGACAUUGAUGGGCAUUGACUUCCUUCACGUAAGUGGAGUUUUGCACAGAGACAUCAAGCCUGAGAACCUUCUUUUGUCUCAUGAAGGCGUUGUCAAAAUAGCAGAUUUUGGACUGUCUAAACCUGGUGACAUUGGAACGUAUCUCACUACAGUGACAGUUACCCUCUGGUACCGGCCACUUGAGAUCAUCUUAGGCUGUGACUACAAUUUUUCAGCUGACAUCUGGAGUCUAGGAAUGGUCAUGUGCCAGUUGUUCAAGAGGGUUCCACUAAUUCAGGGUAACUCUGAAGUUGAAGUUCUGACUAAAGUUAUUUCAUAUUUGGGUCUUCCAGAAGCAAGAUUGUGGCCGAAAAAAUGUUCUGUCACACGUGAACAGUUUACCUCGGCUGCCGGAAAGAAGUUGAAGCGUGCGAUGAACAUUUUGUGUUCGCAUGCAUUUUUGUUGCUAACUUCUAUGUUGGAAUAUGACAUCGACAAGCGUUGCAGUGCAGCUGAUGCUCUAGCUUCAGAAUAUUUCACGCCAGAGUGUAAUUGUGGAUUCCAGAAUUCAUUUCCGGCUCCAUUGGAACCGACAGGAUCAAAAAGCAGGAAAAGAUAAUUUUAUAGAUUAUCAAAGCUAUCCGCGAAUAUAAAAAAUGUGGUCGAAAUAUUAACAUGACAAAACUAGCUUAUUUUGUUCAUUUAGAUAGCUUUGUUACUUGCCGUUGAUCAUUUUGUUCUCUGUUCUGUCGUUAAAAUUUGGAUUUUCAAAAGAACAUUUUUUUGACA